UACUGGUCUCAUAUCUCAUGCUUCUGCGCUUAACGAUAAAAUUCAAAAUGUUUACCGUACAACUUUGAAUACGGAAGUUUUAAGUGUUUUAAACGAGGUUUUAUUAAAAUAAUUAUACAAUAAUAAAUAUAAAUUUUAUAUCGAUGAAAAGGACGAAUCCAACGAUAACAUGUCAAAAUUGGUGAACGGGCCGUUUCCUAGGAAUGUUUCAUGGCGAGUAAUUCUACAGGACGUAUUUAGAUCAUUUACUAACCUUGUACGAGUAUCUUUGAUUGAUAGGGAAGACAAAAGCUUAACACAGACUGAUUCAAGAAGAAUGCAAACGUUGAAACCAAAGAUUUCCAUAACUUCGGUUGAUAAUUCUCAUAUUUCAUUUGAUAGAGCAACUACGAGAAAAUCUGGCUUAAAAGGAACAGGUAAAACCUCAAUUCGUCAUGCACCUACAACUCUAAUUACACCUAGAGUUAUUGGAAGCAAACUCUCUUGUGCAGGACUUCCAACAGGACAUAGGUCUUCAUCAGCUGAUUGUGCUAGCAGUAUUGGUGCAAAAGAUCCAAGAAAGGAUAGAAGACGAUUAACAGAUAAAACUUACCAAGCUCAUAUGUUUGCCAGAAUAGACAAUUUUUUUAUUCUGGCAAGCAUAUCGGUUUGGUCGGUUUUAAAACCCAUUACCUUGAAAAUGUUUGUAGAUGCUACUGCUCAUUUAAUGAAAAUAUUAAAUAUUAAACAAACUCUUACAGUUAUUAAUUAUAUAGAAGAAUUACAAAAAAUAGCAAAGAAACUUCAUUAUCCAGGUAUUAUUAAUAAAUAAUGGUUCAAAAGAAAAAGGUUUUCACCAAGAUUUAUUAAUAAUACCUGGAUAAUGAAGUUAAAUCUUGGUUAAAAACUGCCAAUGCUAUGCAUUCUUGGCCUUAUAUUUUGGGCUGGAUUAGUUGGCAAUCAGAGAGAAGCCAAAAUUAAUAAAAAUACUUUCUUCUCUAUGCUUGACUUUUACGAUGCCCGAAAUGAUGAAAAACUCGAUGAAGAGGCAGCGAUUGUUGAAAGAUAUUUACAACAGUUUGAAGAGGAGCAAGGAAUUAAUGCAGAAAUGUUUAAUAAUGCACACUCCGAAUUAAAAGAAGAAAUGGAUAAAGUCCAAGUAGCUGAAGAAGAUGCAAAUAAAAUUGAUGAAGAGGUGAAGCACCUGUAAGAAGUACAUAUUGUUGUCUUUGCAAAAGGAGAAAUUAGUGCAAAAGAAGAAUUCUUAAAAACAAUUAAUUUUGAAACAAAACAAAUAAAUGCUGAGUGUAAUACACUACGCGAACAGAUUCGUUUACAAAAAAUACAGCGUGAUAAACUACUUUCAACAGUUAAACAAUAGCCAAUGACAACAGUAGAAAGAGAUAAAAUUUUGAAAAAAUGUUUGGAGAUUGAAAGUUAUAUGAACCAAUUUGACGAACAUUUAGAAAAUAUACGAAUGGAGUUGUAUACUAUAGAUAUUAAAUUGGUAUCUGUUAAUAAUAAUGUAACCAAAGCACUUCUCAAAUAUAAUAAAGAAAUAAUAUUCAUGCACCUUAGUGAUAAUAUAUGUAGGUGUAAAUUUAGAAGAAUUAAAGAUGCCAGAAAAAGGUACAUUGGAUCCUCAAAUUAUAGAAGUAUUAAGAUCUAAAGCCAGUUUGUUGAAUAAUCUUGAAGACAAAUUAUUGAGAAAGAACAUUUGUUAGAAAUAAAUUUCAAUGAAUUGGAAAAUCUUCAGGAAAAUAUGAAAAUCUUGGAAGAAGAAAGUAGUGAUGUUGCUAAAAAACGGAAAGAAAAGAUUUUAUAUAAAAUUAAAACUGAUGCUAAAAAUGAAGAAGUAAAAUUAAAAGAACGAAUAAAAAAUUGAAAAACGAUAUUAAUGAAAUACAAGAGUUGAAGCCAGAUAUGGAAAACUUUCUGCAAUGUAUAUAGGUGCAGUUCGGAGAAGAAAAGAAUAUAUAGAGGAGUCUACAAAAUUAUUUUUUGAUAGGUUUUAUGAGAUUUUAGGAGAAAACAGAAGUGAACUUCACAUUAUAUUAGCGAAUUGAAAUAAAUAAUUUGUAUACAAACAAAUUUCAUUUGUAUAAUGGGUUCAGUGUUUGCCCUUUGGGGUUGCCCAUUUACUAAAAUUAUAUUUUUUAUAUUUAAACUGUAUUAUUCUACAUGAAUUGAAUAUAAUAUAUGAAAAUA